AUGUUCUCGUCGGCGCUGAAGUCGUUCUCGUCGAACAUCUCGAACAAUUACACAAUAGCUCCGCAGCCUAGUGGCYCGUCGGGACCAUGGAAGAUAUUCGAUGCGAAGAGGAAGCAGACCGGCAAAGCGGCCUCCAUUUUCGUCUUUGAUAAGCGCAGUCUGGAGGCGCAGAGCGGAGGAUUCAAUGGUCGGAGCAGUGCCGCGUCGUUGAAAGAGGUGCUGCACAGAUUGAAGCUCGAGGCGAGCAAUCUCGCCAAACUGCGACAUCCCUCCAUCCUGGAACUGGUGGAGCCAGUGGAGGAGACCCGGAGCGGAGGGCUGCAGUUCGCUACGGAAGCUGUGACAACGAGCUUGGCGGGUCUGCUGCAGGAAAAAGACGAGCAGGAGCGGGGUGGCGCUGGGGGAAGGGCGAGCCGCUUUGUGGUAGAGGAGUCAGAUGGCACACGGCGGCGGCGUGAGUUGGAAAUUGACGAGCUGGAGAUCCAAAAGGGUCUUCUACAGCUGGCCAAGGGGCUGGAAUUUCUUCACGAGAGUGCAGGCUUAGUGCAUGCCAAUCUCACGCCGCAUGCGGUGGUUGUCAAUGCCAAGUCAGAUUGGAAGCUCACAGGCCUGGCAUUCUGUGGCCCGCACGAGAGCAGCACUUCGGCCACGUCUUUGACGCCCAUUAACCUUUAUGAAGUCCUGAACCACGACCCGAGGUUGCCCAGUAUGGUCCAGCUAAGUCUCGACUACACAAGUCCGGACUUUGUGCUUGACAAUUCGUUGACCCCCUCUGCGGACAUGUUCUCCCUUGGACUACUUACCGUGGCCCUAUACAAUAGUCCGCACACCUCGCCUCUGAGCACUGGUGGGUCCAUAUCCUCGUACAAGCGGAUAUUUGCAAACUCAUCUAGCAUCCCCACAUCGAGCAACAACUUUUUGGUCCCUUCGUCACAUCCGCUGCCGCCUAAGCUGCGGUCAGAUUUACUACCUCGRUUGAUCACCCGGAGGCCUGCACAGCGACUGUCUGCUCGCGAGUUUCAAGAAGCUAGCUACUUUGACAACAUUCUCGUGUCGACCAUCCGUUUUCUUGAUGCCCUCCCCGGGAAGACUGCAAACGAGAAACUGGCAUUCAUGCGUGGGCUGCCCAAGAUUACACCUCAGUUUCCCAAGAGUGUCUUGGAGAAGAAGGUGCUGCCGGCAUUGUUGGAAGAGCUCAAGGACAAGGAUCUACUGGCUCCCAUAUUGACCAACAUAUUCGCCAUGAUCAAGGCAAUGCCAUCAGGGAAAAAAGCCUUCGGGGAACGAGUCGCGCCCAAACUGACAGAGAUAUUCAUUACGAACAAGUCUGCCGAAAGAGACUCCUUGAAAGAGGCAGGUAUCAUGGUACUACUCGAGAACAUGGAUGUAGCCACGGAAAGCUGCCCUGGCAAGGAGUUCAGUGAUCACAUUCUGCCGGUAGUGAUGCUAGCGAUGGAGUCACCGAAUCAUUCCCUGGUAGACACCUCUCUUUCUAGCCUGCCGCUCGUGCUUCCAGUGCUGGACUUCUCCACCAUCAAGAAUACUCUGUUUCCGGUGGUCGCAACCGUCUUUGCGAAAACGUCAAGCUUAAACAUCAAGAUCCGAUGUCUGGAAGCAUUUCACUUUCUAUGUGGUGGCAAAGGAUCCGACGCUGACGGUGACGACGAUCUCAACGGAAUUGGUAUACCGGAGAAGAAGUCGAAUGCUACCUCGAGUAGCUUCGUUCUCGACAAGUACACCGUGCAGGAGAAAGUCGUGCCGAUGCUGAAAGGCAUCAAGACGAGGGAGCCAGGCGUCAUGAUGGCAGCUUUAAAGGUAUUCCGGCAGGUAGGCGAAGUGGCCGAUUCCGAUUUUCUGGCGAUGGAUGUCCUCCCUGUAUUGUGGUCCAUGAGCUUAGGACCGUUACUCAACCUGCAGCAAUUCCAGGCGUUCAUGACCCUUGUCAAGAACCUGGGGAAUAGGAUUGAGCGGGAGCAGAUCAAGAAGUUGCAGGAGAUGUCAGGCGGGAGCAUGACUGCGGCUGGCAGACAAUCAAAUGCCGCCGGCCGAGGUGCUGUGGGCACCAAUGGGAUGAGCAAAGGAUCCAUGAUUGGCGACGACACGGACUUUGAGACUCUGGUCUCGGGACGUAAGUCAGCUCCGAAUGGGGACGACCUUAUGAACGAUUGGGGUGGAGCAUCAACGCAGCCAGUGGUGGGUGGUAGACCACAAGUUACGCCAGCCUUCUCCUGGCAAUCAGCACCUGCUCCACAAAUGCAGGCACGCCAGUCUUCGAUGUCCUCAACCAUCUCUACACUCCGGCAGCCCAUGCCUACGACCAGGUCCAUUACGCCAGAUCUUGCAUCCUUCACAGCACUCACCCCGAGCAGCCAGUUCUCACAGCCGUUGCAGCCUAGCCGACAAGCCACAAACAUGGCUCAGCAGACUUAUCCAACUAAUGUGGGAGGCGCAACAGGCGGGAAUAUGUCUUCGGUCUCGGGUGCUCCUCGGUUCAAUCUAUCACCUCCUCCAGCCAGUCCACAGGCUGUUGGUCAAUCAGGCUACCAAUUCCCCACGGUACAGCCUGCCGCAGCGAAACCUUUGGAGCAAUCACAGCAGAAUGGUACUCAGGGCCAGCGGAGUGGCCUAGAUAGAUAUGAGAGCUUGUUGUAG